AUGGUAUUUUCUGUGAGAAAAAGAGAAUUAUUUGCCAUAAUGUUGAGGUUCGCGACCAUGCAAACAAUUCUUUUGCGAAAACUUUAUUUGGUAACUCUUCUCAUGUACACCAAACCACCCGACGAAACAAUGAGAGAAACAAUUAAGGGAGACGAAGCAAUCUGCUUGUUACAGUUUCUUAAAACAGAUGAAACUUGCACAUAG